AACCAAUCACAAGCUUGCGCUCUAUUCGCUGUAGAAUGAUAAAAUGGCUGCUGACGGGCCAAAUGCAGACAGCGAAGAUCUUGAAUUUGACCCACGAUCGGGUGAUCUAGAAUGUACAGAAGAGCAUAUCGAAAGUGAACUGAAAGCACCAGACGAAGAACUUUGGUAUCAUGGCAGGCUUGACAGACAAUCUGCGGAGGAAUGCCUUCGCAACAGUGGUAAAGUAGGAAGCUACCUAAUAAGAGAAAGCUACAGCAAACCUGGCUCCUUUGUACUGUCGUACUUAGGACCUUCAGGUCCACCAACGCAUUUCAGAAUACUGGCAAUGUGUGGGGACUAUUAUAUUGGAGGACGACAGUUUGAGUCACUUUCUGAUCUUAUUGGCUACUACACAGCUUGUUCAUGUUUGUUCAAGAAUGAGCAGUUGAAGUAUCCAGUUCCUCCUGCAGAGCCUGUGGAUGACCGUCGCAGAGUUCUUGCAAUGUUUUCCUACAGAAAGAUGCCUGAAACAGAUGAACUGAAUUUUGACAAAGGUGACACCUUUAUUGUUCACAAUGAAUUGGAAAAUGAAUGGUUAUGGGUUUCAGCAGAGAGGACAAAAGAGAGUGGACUUGUGCCUGCUCAGUUUGUGGAAGACUUGAAAUGUGAUGGUGACCCUGUGGAAGCUCUCUCAUAUUUUCAUGGAAAUAUCACAAAAGAGGAGGCGGUUGAAAAGCUUAUGAAAGCUGGUGAGGGCAGCUACUUGAUCAGACCCAGUGAAAACUCCCCUGGAGACUACUCUCUGUUUUUCUUGUGUGGGAAAGAGGUCAGGCGUUUCCGGAUUGAAAAGAAAGGAAGAUACUUGCACCUAGGUGGUCGUUACUUUGACAGCUUGGAUGACAUCAUCAAAAGGUACACAUCUGAGGAAAUUGUAGAUGGGUCAAAGCUUGUGUCUGCUGUGUACAGAACAAACAGGUAUUUAAAUGACAUCGACAAUCGCUUUGAGGCUGUGGAUGGCAUGGAGGAAAUCUAUUCAUCAAUCCACCAGAGCUCUGGCCCCAGUCUCCUCACUCGCAGCAAUGACAGAAUUGACAUGACUGGCUUUCUCAACAAGCGAAGUGAUCGUAAAAAACUGUGGAAGCCGUUUUAUUUCGUCCUCAAUGGAACAGAGAAAUAUCUGUAUUAUUUUGAAAAUGAAAAGAAAUCCAAACCAAAGGGAAUCAUUGACCUUGGAUACAGCGCACUCUACCCGGUCCACAGCAGUCUGUUUGGAAGGCCCAACUGUUUCCAGAUUGUUAGCAAUUACGACAACAACAAUGAACAAAUUUGCUAUGUCUGCGCUGACAGUUCUGAUUUGGCUCAGAAAUGGAUCCAGUUUUUGAAGCCUUACUGUGAAAAUUCUCGAGCCCCAAAGCCACAGUUUAAACACGCCUUGCUGAAAGAGUUCCACAAGUUGGUUGUCAGUGUUCUGGAUGCCCACCGAUUACCACCCAAACAACUAAACCACCCGUACUGUGUGCUCGCUCUUAAUAAUGUCCGUGUAGGGCGCACAGAUGUUGGGGAAGGGGCUAAUCCAUUUUGGUCUGCAGAAUUUUUUUUAGAUGAUAUUCCGCCCACCGUGGAAUCAUUCACUGUGUCUUUGUUCAACAAAAUCAAAAGGUUGAAGGAUACUGAAAUUGCUUCUGUGACUGUUCCGCUGAGUGAUCUGGCAGGACGAGGUUUUGUGGACAAUGCCUAUCAGUUGCAGCCAGUGGCUGGAAUGAAAGGCGAGAUGGGAUCUCUGAGGCUCAAGUCCCGGUACCAGCAUGAGGUCAUCAUGCCUGAAGAUGAAUACACAAGUUUGAAAGAGCUUUUGUUUGAUGAUGAAUUUGAUCACAUCUUAACUCUGGCUCAAGUCUCUGAGGAGAGUGAGCGGUCAACUCUUGCUCAUGCCCUGCUACAGAUUUUUCGACAUGAGAGGAAAGAAGCCAGUCUGCUUUGUGCUUUGAAUGAUAAAGAGAUUGAGAAAGAGGAUGAAGUGUCUACAUUGUUUCGAGCUGGCUCACUUGCCACCACUCUGAUGGUACAAUACAUGAAAAUGACAUCAACUAUCUUUGUGCACAAAGCAGUAAGAGAGUCUGUGCAGAAAAUUGUGGAGCUCAAGCAGUCAUGUGAACUGGAUCCCAAGUUCCUGGAAAAUACUACAGAUCAACAGUCAAACUCAGAGUUCUUUCUUCGUCUCUUAACAGAGGUGGUGGAGUCAAUAUUUACAUCAACAGAGGCUUGCCCUCCAACUUUGCGCUAUGUGUGUAAUUGUUUACAAAAACGAGCAAAAACAAAAUGGCCAGCUGAUGACACAGUCAAGACUCGUGUUGUUAGUGGCUUUAUCUUUCUUCGCCUUCUUUGUCCUGCCAUAUUGAACCCCAAGUCUUUCAACUUAGUACAGGAAAAUCCUUCAGAAACAGCUGCCAGAACCCUGAAGUUAGUGGCCAAGGUGCUGCAGAAUUUAGCCAAUCUGGUAGAUGUUGGACCAAAGGAAGCUUACAUGGAAGUUGUUCAGCCUUUUGUCAAGAAAUACAGAGACAAGAUGAUCCUUUACUUGGAUGAAUUGUCUAAUGUGCCAAAGGAGCCAUUGAGCCAUGAAGUGUUACCAGGUGACCCAGCCCGAGAGCUGGCAACGAUCCACCAGCUUUGUGCCACCCAUCUAGAGUCACUCAAGUCCCAUAUGCUCACACAGGUGUCAACAAAGAAAAUUGUGGUUGUGACCGAGAUGUUGACAAAUCACAAGAAGCGUUACAUGGGCGACACGUGACACACUGAUAGAUGAUGGCAUGCAACAGACUUCACUCAUUGGAACCAAUAGAAGCCAGGACCAAUGUCAGGAACAGGAGACAGGUGUUGCCUGCAUGUGCUGCUUAAAGUCCAGAUGCCUGCAUACUCAAAGGACAGGCGGUGUGGGGCGACUACAGUGAACAACCAUUUUGGUUGAAUGACAGGCCAGGCAGUACUGGUGACUAUGACUUCAAGACUGGAUUAUCACCCUUGCAUCACACUCCUGGCCUCCCCCCGAAACCUUCAUUGCUGAAUCAAGAGGACAAACAGGAAGUGUGAGCUAAAACAGUUUUUCAAAUGAGAAACAUUCCUUGACUAGUCCCGUGCAUUUUUGUCGACUUUAAAAUUUCUUAUUAGAUUUGUCAGGCUAGUAGCCGACCAAAAAGAAGUGGUGCUGAAUAUUUUGGGUUUUAAAAAAAUGUAUAAAUUGCUGUUUUCUUUUAGCAAAUAUCAUUGGAGUUCGGAUGUUUUCGUUCUUGCCUGACUUAGAAAAUUUUUUUUAGUUUCACAUAUCUCUUUGGGAAAGAUGUUCACAUUGUAUUUCUGUCUGUCUUCUUCACUGCUUGGACAGGUCUUGUACCUAUUCUGUAGCAUAAUUCUACCUUUGAUGUCUAGCUCUGCCUCUUGCAAUGUUUGUGCCUCUUUGUCUCUUGUUAAUAUUUUUUUAAGCACUGCAUUUUUAGCACUAAAGUAAAUACCAUCCAUAGUUGUUUCUUUACUUGUUUUUUUUUUAAUGUAAAAGAAACCACAAUUGUUUUUGGUUUAUUUUUUAAAUAUUUCAAUUGAAAAGUAGUUAGCGAACAUAUGGGAACAACCCCCUGUGGACUUCGGGUCUUGACUGUAUCCAAAUUUGGCCUGGGCAUUUUCAUCUUUGUUUUGUAAUUAUGAAUGUUUAUAUUUAAUUGUAUAUUUAUUUUGUUGUUUGUAUUAUGAUAUAUUCACAGAGGCAUGUGUGUUGUAAAAAGUUGUAAAAUUACUUGAAUAAGUCAUCAGUCUUGGUUUUAUAAAUUAUUUUGGUAUGCUGAAAAAUAUUGAUUAUGGGGCGAUUGUUUGAACACUUUUACAGUUUGAUGGCUUAAUGACACUUAAAGCCAUGACAUUUAUUAUUGCCAAAAGCAAUAUCUUUGUGAUGCAGACUGCUUUUUGAUGAGCCUUUGGCUCGGUGUCCUGUGCUGUGCUUUGUAUCAUGACUGUAGUGCUCAUACAGUCAGGGAGUUCAAUAACCUCAAAAUGAGGUGAAAAGGGAUGACUACGGAUAUGUGUAACAAAGGGACCUUGACAUAUGGUAGAUAGGGAAUAUCACCCAAGAUGUGUUCAUCUGAUCUGCUUUUAAUAUCUAAUUUUUUUUUUUUCUGAGAUAGAAUACUCUACUGCAUUGAAGGUAUCAGUAGCAGAGGUUAUAAUUUUUACAUAUUGUUCAUAUUUUGUUCUUGUCAUGUCGGCAUUGAUUUUUUGCUGUGGUCAGUAGAAGCAGUGGAUAUUCUUCAUUUUUCAGUAAACAAAGUUAGAAUGAUUUAACUCUUUCUCUAAACAAGAGGAAAUUCCUCUCUGGGGUGUGUGGAACGGGUAUUUCAAAAUGAUGUCAAUGGUCACUUGAAACAUUGUACUGUAAUUAAAGAAAAGCAGUUGUGAUAGAGAAAAAAGUCUGCCGUCAUGAUACUACUGAAAGAGAACAAAUCGACUGCUCGGAGUAGUCAGAGGAAGACUCUGUCAAACGCCAAAAUAGCUUAUCAAUAAGUUUUACACAAAGCUGUCGAAAUGUUGUUCAUAUUUUUUAGGUUCUGACAGGUACAGUGGAGUCCACUUAAACUGAACAUGGUUAAACAAAAAAUGGCAAUAAAUCAAAAGAAAUUAGAAUCCCAACGUUUUUUCUGCUUAGUUUAUGUAAAGAUACUAUCGAUUAACCAAAAUGUUCCUAUCUCUAAACCUAAAAGCAUUUGAAGGGUAACAUUGUCUAAAUCUUCACAAACAUCCCUCUAGUAACAUGUUAAAUCAUCAAUUCUUAUGCACUGCAGGAGAAAGAAAUUUGAGAAUGCAUGUGUGUCAAUUGAGGGCCAGAGAGGCAUUGCCAGUGUACUGUUUUCUUUAGUUUGUCACACUCAUCAAGAUGUUUGUGCACUUUGUAAGAGUCUAGUAAUACAAGGAUAGCCAAUGUGUGUCUGCAGCAUGAACUUCGGUUGAUUAUGACCCUUUGUUUCUGUGAAGCUAGUCCACAUAGGCCCUACACAUGAGCAUGUGACGGCACAAAGUGUGUUUUAUAUUGGACUUUCUCGUUUCUCUAGCCCAGCACAGAGUAGUUUGCAGUGCAAUGUGCUGAUCUUCUCAUUUUUCUGUCUUUUGUAAUUUUUCGGUAGAUUAACUUAGCAGAGAGUGUUAAAGAGAAAGCACAAUGCAUACAUCCUGCAGUCCAAAUUAUAGUUACUGAAAAAAAGACAAUGUAAAUGAGAAAAAAACUUUCUUAAAAUGAAAUUUUCUGUUGUAAACUUGACAUUCCCAACUCUACAUUGCUGACAAUCAUCACUAUUUGAGCAAUCUCAAGAAACUGAAAACAGAGCCAGGCCGUAGAAAAUCCGAUGGUCCUGCAGGUUUCAGUUUAAGCAGACUCUACUGUAAGUGUUCUGAUAAAUUGGCUUUAGUAUUGAGCUACGCAAAAUUUGCAUUUAUAAUCCAUUUGGCUCUUUCUGGUAUUCCCUGAAGGUAAUUAAGGCUGUGUGUCUACAGCAAUUCAACUUUGUUUGAAUCUCAGCACAUGUAGUUUGGAAUACCUUGGGCUCCAAAAGUAUGGGUCUUUCACUCUUGGGAUUUCUUGACAGCAGCCAUGAUUUGAUAAUGUUGGUGUUUGUUGAGUUAAAGAGAAGUCUUUGGAAGAGGUUUUUAUGUACUUGCAAAAAAAACCAAGAGGGUUGACCAGAGAAACAACAGGGACAGUGAAGAAGGACCUGCCAGUUGUGCUCUCUGACCACUUGCUUGAUCAUGUUACGGGUCCACGCAUAGAGAAUAGUAUUACUGAUUCAACCACCUAGCACUGUUGACCAGGACCAGGACUUUGAUCUUCAGCUUUUAUUGAUGUAGUCUGUUACUGUAGCUUAUAUCCCAACUCACACUCACCCCACCUGCCAUGCAUAUUGUCGGCGAAAGAUUUUUAUCAUAUAUAUACUAUUUCAUAAUUGAUGGAGUAAACAAUUAUAACAUACUAUUUUUUUUUUUUUAUUGCUUUCAUGUUAUGUCAUGUUGUUCUGCAAUCAGUGUUAAAAACAACAACAAAAAAAAGGAAUCUAAAUCAAAAUGUUCUAUUUAGUUUUCCUUUGAGAAGUCUGUGAAUCUUAUGUUCCAAUUAUGUGAUUGAACUGCGAUUUUCCUUAAUGGUGCUGAGUUAAGAGCCUUUUGUGCUGGAAUUUUUAAUGAGUAGAUACAGAAUAAAAACGAAAUGAAAAUGCAAAUAUCACUCGACCCUGUACUGUUUGAGAAAUGUGAACAUAUAUGCAAGACCCAGUCCAGGGAUAUAUUUAACUACAGUCUGUGAAUUUACAGCCUUUUUGUUUUCUAUUUCCAGAAAAAAAUUUUUGCCAUAAUUUUCAAGUCGGAGAAGACUUGCCAGGCUUGAUCUAUGCACGUUGGAUUGUUACCUGUGUGCUCUGGCACUUGUGGGCCAUGGUGUAUCUUGUUCUCAUUCUGUUGUUGUUACAUUUCAUGAAAUUUGAUGGUGGGCCUUACAGAUAUACCUAUGAAUUUAGGAGUUGAUCAACAAAUCUAGUCAUAUGUAAUUAUGUUAUUGUAGAUGUGAUGCUGCUGCCUGUGUUUGAAAGGCAUUUGUACACGUAUAUAGAGUAUAUUCAUAAUUGCAUAUUCUUUGUAUUGCUGAAUCAGAAUGUGUUUAGCAUUGUCUGAGUUAUGUACAGGUGUUUUACUAUAAGUCUCUGAGUUGCCUACUGUUCUCAUUAAAGGUCUUGUUUUUGGUUUUUUUUCCCGAGAACUUCAUUAUGUCAUAAUGGUCCGUCUCUUCUUUUCUUGCUUUUCACAUUAUCAGGUAUGCAAUGAUGUGCUUAUGUUCAUUUUUUUUCCUCGUUGGAAGAUGUUAGUUGUGUAAGGAGACCUAAUACUGUAUCUGGAGGGAAAGUCAUGUUGUAUGUAUACUCUCAUAGUAUGAAAGCAACAGGAAGAGAACUAUCAAAGAAUAUGACAGGAUCAGCCAGUUUUUUCUUUAAAGGAACCACGGCACCUUCAGAAGAACUUUAUGUGAUAUGCUUUGGAGCUUGUUUUUUUUUGUGGUCUCUCUGUCAUGUGUGGACAUUUGAAUGGACACUGCCCAGACGGUUCCAUCCAUCAUCUAUGACUUGCGUCUGGCCUUUCAAGUUGAGCUUGCACCACAUAGCUACUGAUGAAUUAAUUUUGACUAUUCUUUUGUCGGAGGAUGUAAAAUAGCAAUAACUUUAGCAUGAUAGUCCCAUUUGUGGGUUUUUACAUAAUGUCUUUGUAGACAUAACUGAACUGAGCAUACUCCCAAACCUGUUUAUAGUUUUGACUUCUCUUUUAAGUCAAUUUCUAUGCCUUCAUAUUCUUUAUCUCUGUUCCUUGUGGUAAUCUCCAGCUUUCUUUUAGCAAAUGGGUGACGAUUGUCCAUAAUAUGCCAAAUUCUUGUCAUGUUGAGCUGGACUCUUUCACAUCUCCCUUGUAAUGGUUCCUGUAGUAAUAUGCAACCAUUUUCUUGCAGUUCCACGAGUGGAGUUUUCGCUUCUGUGGUUGUGAAAAGAAAAAAAAUUUCUUAAAAAUUCUUCCUUAAAGGCAAUAUGUUGAGAUUGAAUCGACAGAGCUUAUUAUAUAAAAUAUGAGCAGUCAGGGGAGUGUGGUGUUCAAGUUCAGAAUAAAUUAGUCUCCAAACUUAAACAUAAUUGUGGGUUCUUGCUGUUACUUUUGAGAAUGUUAAUCAAAAAAAUUAAAUUUUGCACAUGUAUGGUUUAAGUUAUGGACUAACAUUGUCAGUUGACUGACAUUGUGUGUAAUUGUGAACUCGUGUAUCAUCAGUAUUUGUAACCUGGAGGCGAAUUAAGUUACUAACAUGGCCUUAAACUCUUUAUAGCUGGUUAAUUUGCUAUGGCAGCUCUUGUCUUUCCUCUUCACGCACUGUCGCCACUCUUUUAGGCAAAGAAGCAUGACUGUCUGUUGUACAUGUUACAUCAACUGAUGAUUUUACUUCAUCAUGGACAUCUCAGAAUUAAAGAUGACACUGAUGUCUUGUGCACAGCCUCCACCAUCAUGUUUUGUUCUCCUAAUGUGUUUGUAUGUGUGUGUGUGUGUGUGUGUGUAUGUGUGUUGGGGAGGGGGGGGGGGGGUGUUAUUUACUCUUUCCAAAGCAUGUGCAUAAUUUGGCUAAUGGCUAAUCCAUGACUGGCAUUGCAACCUGAGCACUCUUUCAAUUUGUUCAGUGUUAUUCCCUUCUCUGAGAUGUCAUCCUCUGGGGUAGAUUGAGAUUCUCAAUGUCCAUUAAAAAGAUAGAAGUAAGUCUUUGUGGACCUUUUAUACAUUUCUUUUAUUUAUGCAUUUGUAAAGAAUACUUUACAGCAGGUAGUUUUCAUUUCUUCAUCAUGUUCAGAUGUGCUUUUACUCGUAUUAUAUUAUUAUAAUGACAUUACUGCAGUGGAAUGUCAGGCUAGGUUUCUUUUAUAUAAAAAACUUUACUGUUUUGGUGAUGAUUUUGGACAACUGUUGUACGUGUAUAAGAUGAGCAUAAUUAUGUUUGAUUUAUGUUUUUUUCCCUUGUGUUGCUAGAUCUAGACCAUAAAUCUGUUUUUAAAAUAAAAAAAGAACACGACUGCAGGAAAUUUUCAUUUUUCCAAAAAAUUGUCAUAAAACCGGAAAGUAUGUAUUAAAAUAAAUAAUAAGUCCAUCAUUCAAUCGAGUGUAUUAUAUAAUUUUCAUCUUAUUUGAUAAGAACUUUCUUUCAGGGAAAUGCAUAAUAAAGAAGAUUUACAAGAAAGCUGACCCGACACAAUAUUGGCAUGAAGGUCUAUUCUGGAUCUCCAAAAGUUGUGUCUUUGAUGCAUGUUAUGAUCGCAAAGCACUGUGUCAUUUGUCCUCAGAUGGGGAACCACGUAGGCUGUAGGAUUAAUUUCGUAGAUCUAUGCACUGUCAUGGUCAGAGAUUUGAAAGUUCUUGUUUCCCCCCUUCCUCUCAGCCAAGGAGGCAUAUUUUUAUGCUCAUGGCUCACUGUCAGCUGCUGAACUGUACAGUUAAUGUUGACAACUAUCCUGUAAUAUUAUGAAGUGAUGUGCAGUGUAUGUUCCCAUCUGGUGCACUGUGGGAUUGUGGUUAUACCCUUUGCCGUUGCACAUAGGAAGAGUGAGUGAGAUACUUAGGCAGAGAAGUUACCUGUCAGCAGGGAUUGAGUCCCACUUAGUCUUACUUAGCCCUGACAGGCAGAGCUGCAGCAACCAGCCUCCUAAAUGGUCUUGACCUGUGCCUUCGCGGUCAAAACAUUUUACAACCAGUCCCUUUAGUGCUUACAUUGUGCUGACUCAGAAGUUUAUGAAGUUUCAAAUACUUCUGUUCCCAGCUGAUCUCGCCACUGAUGGUCUUACGGGGUUUAACCCUGGCUUUGUGGAGUGAAAGGGUGUUGCUGUCUCAAUAUGCAUGUACAACCCUUCACUCUCCCUAUACCAUGCAUGGUUGAGGAGGGCCCUGGAAUGGUUGCUCUUUUAUUUCUUUUCACUGUUACCAUUACUCUAUUCUGAUCCAGAAGAAAUGUAACUAAUUGUGCGGAGUUGCCAUUAAGCGUAGCCCACCAACUCUCCUUACCAUGCCUUUGCUAUCUGUAUUUCUUCUUUCGCUUUCUUUUGCACAUGAACACUUGCUCGCUCUUUCACUCUUUAACAUUACAGCAUUAGAUAAGGCUAUGAUGAAUGAAUUUAGCUGGGUGGGCUGCAGGAGUAGAUGUUGAUGCUCAGAUUCUCUUUUUUUUUUUGUCUGUGGCUUUUAAAACAUUGGAUAAAAAGGAAUCGACCAGGCUGUGUUGUAUUGAUGCAUUUUAAUUAUUUUUCUUAUGUGUGACAUGGAUGUGAUGAGGUUCAUGUGAGACUUUUAUUGAAAGGAAAUUGCUUUUAAAUCAACCGAUGAAGAAUACAGAUUUGUACUCCUUGUAAUUUUUACUUUCAGAGCUUGUCAAACUUGUUUUUCUCUCUGCGGACUGUAUAGCACCGCAUCUGUGAAUGAGCCGUAAGAAUACAGCACCUUGUUGAUUUAUCAGCUCUUGCUUCACCUUUUUAUGGGAUGACGGCAAUGCCCAAGAUUACUUUCAGCUAUGAGCACCUUUUACCCCGUGUCGUUUCUAUUGGUUACCUGAGCCUUUUGUAUUUCCACUUUGGACACCUCUCUGCACUUGAUGGUUCCAUUAUUCUGACUUGAGCUGCCUUCACGCAUAUUGCCUAUUUUCAUUACGUGCAAACUUGUUUCGUUCUACCUGUACUUUUUUAAAAUGUCUUGAGUAAAUUAAAAUUAAUCUGUGUAUUGAUGAUUGAUGCAUGUCGCAUGGCUGGACCAACGAGCCCAGUGUGGUUAUUUUACUUGUAGAAUGGACAUCCUACCCUCGUCUUCUUAGAUUCAAAAUGUUUACUUGUAGGCCCCUACUUGGAUGGCAGCAGCACCUGGAAUAAUUACAUUUAUCUUUGAAAGUAAGAAAUGGGGAAAAACAUUGGCAUUUGAAAGUCUUUUUAUUGGAAACCAUAAUGAAAUAGAUUUUAAUUUAGUACAGAACCGUUGAAGUUUUAUGCUCAUCCUUUUUUUGUUUUUUUUUGUUAAUAGUAGUCAGUAUUUUGUGUGCAUGUGAAUGGCAUGUUUAUUUGAGCUGAUGUCAUUCAGUAUCCAGUUUUUUCUGCACUUAUAACAAUACAUUCACUUCUCCUGUCAUGAUUUUCUUUAGGAUGAUUUAUUUUUGUGUCUUUACCUUGGAUGCCUUAUUCUAUGCAUGUUCAAUGUUAUUGUUAUUGACCACUCUUGCGAGUUGGCCUCAGAUUUUUGAGGUAAUUUGUUGUCCAGCCACACUGUUUUGAAUGCAUCCAGGUAAGCUUUUUGACGUAAACUUUUGAACUCUGUACAGAAAGAUGUGUAGUAAUCUUGGUCUGUGCAAAUAUCAUAUAAAGAACCUUUGUUUUGCUGCUUCCUUUUUUAUUAUGGGAUGGGAUGGGGUGGGGGAUUGCGGUGUCGCAAAAUAUUAUAUAAUGCCAUCAAGUGCGUUAAAAACCUAUAGAGGCAUAAAAAUUUAACUGUUUCAACAGGAACAAUGAAAUACUAUAAAAAAUUAUAUGUUCGCUGUCUAAUUCCCAUGUAGGCACACAUCUCUGUUUGGAAUAGUGUUGAAUCUUUUCAUAGAACUACAAGGGCUGUGUUUCCUACUUUGUGUUGAAAGACUACUCUUUUGGUGUGUUGUUUGCAUACAUACCAUUCUGCUAUGAAAGGUCACAUUUUUCUGGAACUUUCCUUGAGCCAUGAGCUGCAUUUAGUGUAGGGAGAGACACCCGUCUAUUCCUUGUCUGCCGUUUUUAACAUCCAAAAAUGCUCCUAACUAGGAUGUCACUGCCUUUGUUUAGCUCAAGCAGUUACGCUGUAGCAAGUGAAGGGGUUGUAUUAGAGGUGUGGCUGGGGUUUUUUUCUCAUAUGAUAGACAAGUACUUAUUUGUGCAUGUGUUGCAGCAAUUUAGCAUUGUAGAAGUGAGAAGAAUAAGCAUGUGGAGAGUAUAGGGUAAAGUUCAUGUGCAUUACUUUCUGAAAGUUAUUCUGUCACUUCCAAAAAUUGAUUAAAAAAGGGACUUAAUUGAUUCUCUGUAUUGGUCAAAGAAUGUGGGCUUUUAACACUUUGCAGUCACUAUAAUGCGCCGGUGAAAAUUGUCCGUUCCUGAGAAGUUUGUUGCAGUCACUCUCCUGGCUGGGUGACCAGAUGGGGUAUUUUGCACUGCUGGCUGUGGGAGUGCAAAGUGUUACAAAGGAUUUUUUGUUUCAGUGAUAAUAAUCAAGGACUCAAAUCUUGUCAGUUACUGGUUGUACCUUUUUGCCAGUUGUAAUGGAAAACACAAAGCAAGAACCCUCCUGCCAUGGCUAGAUGAGUCAUCUGCAGAAAACACUUGUUAUGGUGCAAGUGUGACACGAAAUAAUCAAUUUAAGAUUGCCGGUUCAUUUUGAGUUUGAGUCAAAAGAAACAUUACCAUACCGUUGUAAUAGUUGUAAAGUUCAUAAAACAUGCUGUUAAGCGUGGAUAUGUGCUGUAUAAAUGCAAUCAUAAUCUUUAUGUCGAGCAUUUAGUGCUGGAAAAUGAGACAAACAACAGCGGAGGUAAAGUAAAGAUGUACGACCUACUAGUGGCAUCAUCCAUCCUACCACCAGGAGUUUCUCAUGACAGUUACCAAGCAGAGAGUGCCGUUAACAUACACCGUGUAGAAAGAAAUCUAAAGUCGUUCUGCCUUGAAAUAGUUUUAAAUGUUCAAACCUCUGACACUAGUAAGAGAUUGCAUAAUAGUUUUCGGCAGCUGUUUCUGUGUUCUUUUUCUCUAAUUCUUUAUAAACCUAGGUAGUGGUUUGCUGCAUAAUAAGUCUACUCUCUCUUCGAUUAGAUUACUUUUUCUUUGUCACUCUCAAAUAUCAAAUAUUUAAUUGUUUAGUGAUUUUAGGAAUUAUGUGUUCUAUGAUUUGACAGAGACAUUUUUAUUUAAUGUGAGGUUUUCCCUUGUAGUUCAUGAACUUCGUAUAAAAAAAUUCUUUAUGACUUUGCUCAAAUUAUUUUUCAUUUGAUUUUUUAACAAGUUUGUUAUAUUUUCAUUUUUUGUCCCUCGCAUCUUUCUAUGAGAUUUUCAAACUAUUUGCAAUGGUUUCAAAAUAAAAAGGAUACCGAAAUGUUUGAUAUAUUGAAAUGAAAAAUGAAUCAAAGGAGUGCAAAUGAAUUCAGUCAUUUGUCUUUAUUAUCAGGCAUAUUAUAUUAUUUAUGUAUAUGAAUAUUUAUAUAUAUUUAUAUAUAUAUAUGCCGUCAUAUGAUUCAAUAUUGUGGUAUGUCAAAAAUAAAAAUAGGUUAUGUUGUUGAGUUUGAUGAGGAUUAUCGAUUGGUCCUAGUCUCUGUUCCCUUCUUAAAACAGUAACGGAUUUAGGCAAAUUCAACAUUUUGUAUUAACAUGUCCUUCACGAAAUAAAAGUUUUUUUGUUUCUCCUGAAAACCUCAUAUUUUGACAUACGACAAUGAUGAAUUACAAAGAUAACUUUACAUAUAUAUAUAUAUAUAUACGUGUAUAUAUAUAUAUGCAUUCAUAUAUAUAAAUUUGUAUACAGUUGUAUUGAAAAUGAAUUCCUUACAUAUUUUGUUAAACUACCAUACCAUUGUCAUUGUUCAGCACCGAUUUAUAAUUGUAAAUUCCUGUAUAGUAGAAUUACAUCAGUUACACUCCA